AUGGGUGAAAAACUGAAAAUGGACACACAACUGGGCUGUUACUCGAUCUCGUGUAUGCUACAAAGUACACUUGAAGAGUUCAGAUGGUGCUUCAUGGGCAUUUAUGGUCCACACACUAAUUCGAAAAGGGAGGAGAUGUGGGAUGAACUAGCAGGGAUAAGAGGACUUUGGGAACAUGAGUGGGUCAUAGGGGGUGACUUAAAUGGAGCCCAAUUCACUUGGUCCAGAGAUGAGAACAAUCAACAAGCUUUGAGAAUUGACAGAUUCAUUAUACCCUCGGAAUGGAAUGACUCUUUCAAGGUUGUGAAACAAAUUGCAUUGCCAAGGGAAAGCAGUAACUUAGAAGCAGCUUUCAGAGAGGAGGAAGUAUUAGCAACCAUUAAAUCAAGUGCCCCUGACAAAGCCCCCGGACCUGAUGGUUUUACUAUGGCUUUCUUCCAGAGCUCUUGGGAGUUUAUCAAGACAGAUCUAUUAACAGGGAAUGCUGGACUACUUUGCAAAUUAGAUGUUGAGAAAGCCUUUGACCAUUUGAAUUGGUCUUAUCUCAUAUCUAUUCUCCGGCAGAUGGGGUUUGGUGAUAGGUCGAUUAAAUGGAUUAAGUUCAACAUCUCCAUAGUUAAGUAUUCAGUUCUAAUCAACAGAAGCCUAGUAGGCUUUUUCUCUGCACAGAGAGGCCUAAGGCAAGGUGAUCCACUUUCACCUUUUCUAUUCAUCCUAGCUAUGGAAGGGUUGAGUAGAAUGUUAAACAAAGCCAAACAACUGCAAUGGCUCAAAGGUUUUGAUAUAGGAAGGGAUAGAGCAGUUAACAUCUCACAUUUGCUUUACGCAGAUGAUACAUUGAUCUUUUGUGGGGCUGACAGAGAGCAGGUCCUAUAUUUAAACCUUACGCUACUCAUAUUUGAAGCUGUUUCAGGUCUCCAUAUAAACAUGCUCAAGAGUGUGAUCUAUCCUAUUAAUGAGGUGCAGAACAUUGAGGAGCUGGCAGACAUAUUGGGUUGUAGAACUGGAAUUUUCCCAACCACUUACUUAGGCCUUCCAUUUGGGGCUAAAUAA